CGAAACGUUUCAAACCCCACUCCUCCGAGUCCGAGAGCGACCGCUGCAAGAGGUUUAAAGCCGGAAAACCGAACCGGGAUUCCUCCGUCUGUCUUCUUCUCUAACACGAGCUAGGAACAGGGGAAGGAGAAGGGAGAAGCCAUGCUGUCCAGGAUCAAUGGCGUCGUGUGGUCAGAAGAAGGAGGCGACGAGGAGGACGCGGCGUCGUGGACGAGAGCAAGCGCGCCCGGGGCCAGCGGUGGAGCGAUGGGCCAGAGCAAGGACGAGCUCGGCCUCCCUAGCUUCAAGUCCAUGCUCGACGACGACUGGUACCUGGGCGGCGUCGCCGCCGCCUCCAACGCCUUGCCUUCAGCCGACGCCCAACACCCCUUCGAAGCCUUCCAGACCCAUCAAGACGUAGCCUUUUCCUCGAGCGCGAAGCCGCACGAGGCCUUGCUGCUCCCACCCGUCGACGAACUCGAUCAAAACCAGCCCUUUUUCCCGGCAAAAUCUGCCCUUUCCUCUCUCUUCGGCGCCGUUUGCUCCAAUCCCUUCGACGCCGGGCUUGAUCUCGGGUGCGACGCUCCGGCGUUUCUUGGGGCUCCCCAUAUGUCCCAUUCCACUAACCUGAUGAACAGAAGCGGCAGCGGCGGGGAUGGAGUCCUUGGUUUCGGCGGAAUGGGGGCGGACGACCAACUCGGUUGUGCCGAUCUGAGCCCUGGAGCUGAUUUCUCCGGUGGCCGCCUGCUGCCCCCGUCCGAUACUUGUUCCGGUUCUAUCUCCGGUGGCACCUUCGGCCCCAUGGGCUUCGACAGCUUCGAGAAUUCUCCAUUGCUCAACCGUUCUAAGGUGUUGCGGCCUCUGGAGAUCUUCCCUCCUGUGGGCGCGCAGCCGACUCUGUUCCAGAAGCGGGCGGCGGCCGCUCUCCGCCAGAAUUCAGGGGUUGCUGGCGAAAAAGGUGGCUUCUUGGGGCUAUGGGGCUCGGAAGGAGUGGGACACGGUAACCGUGGGAAGUCAGCUUUGGAAGAAGAGAACGAGAAGAAGAGGAAUGGGAAUGAGGACGACGAGAUAGACGAUGGAAGCAUGGACGCAUCAGGAUUGAAUUACGACACGGAUGAUGCUGCAGGGGAGAGUGCCAAGGGCGAGGAAAAUGCGAAGGACGGUGGUGGAGGUAGCAACUCGAUGGCCAACAGCACAGUGACGGGUGGUGGAGACCACAAGGGGAAGAAGAAGGGCCUCCCUGCAAAGAACCUGAUGGCGGAGAGAAGGAGAAGGAAGAAGCUCAAUGAUCGGCUUUACAUGCUUAGAUCUGUUGUCCCCAAGAUCAGCAAGAUGGACAGAGCUUCCAUUCUUGGUGAUGCAAUUGAGUACUUGAAGGAGCUUCUGCAAAGGAUCAAUGACCUGCACAAUGAACUUGAGUCGACACCUUCCAGUUCUUCAAUGCCAGUUGCUGGUGGGACAAGCUUUCACCCUUUGACCCCAACACUACCCACUUUACCAUGCCGUGUGAAGGAAGAGCUCUGUCCAAGUUCUUUACCAAGCCCAAAUAGUCAACCAGCAAGGGUUGAGGUCAGGGUACGAGAAGGCCGAGCAGUUAACAUUCAUAUGUUUUGUGCCCGUCGACCUGGUCUAUUGCUCUCCACUAUGAGGGCACUUGAUGGCCUUGGGCUUGACAUCCAGCAGGCUGUCAUCAGCUGUUUCAAUGGGUUUGCCCUAGAUGUUUUCCGAGCUGAGCAAUGCAAAGAGGGUCCGGGUGUUUUGCCAGAAGAAAUCAAGGCAGUGCUCUUGCAUUCCGCAGGCUUUGACAAUACGAUAUUGUGAGAGAUCAGUGGGAAUCAACAAUUGUAUCGAUGCCAGUGGUGCUCGGUGGGUCAUAAACAAGGUGAUGAAAUUGAUGGUCAUAUUAGCAUCGUAGUAGUUUCUUAGUACCUGUUUUCUGUAUCAUUGAGGAAGUUGCCGAGCGGCACUAUUCCGAAUCUAGCUCGCAGCCAGAUAACAGUUUCGCGCUCUGUCUCAUUGUGGAAUAAAAUUUUAUCUAUUGUCUAAAA